AUGAAGAGGCUCCUGCAGCACAGAGGCUCUGGCGUUUUACAAACGCAGUGUAAAGGAAUUAACGGGAAGUGGGCUUUACUGACUGCAGUGUUUUUUCUGCAGCCUCUCAUUAUUGUGGCCAACAAAUGUGACGUGAAGAAGAUCAGCGAGCUGUCUGAGGAAAACCAGAAGCUGUUCUCCGAGCUCUCGUCUGAGGGCAUCCUGGUGAUCGAGAGCAGCACACUGACAGAGGAGGGAGUAAUGCAGGUCAAGACGGAGGCUUGUGAUCGGCUGCUGUCUCACCGUGUGGAAUCGAAGAUGAAGGGCAAGAAGGUCCAUGACGUACUGAACCGGCUGCACCUCGCUGUGCCCAACAAGAGAGAUGACAAGGAAAGACCCCCGUUCAUCCCAGAGGGAGCGCUGCAGAGGAAGAAGGCCAUGGAAGUGGACCAACCCAAACGCAAAACGGAGCGGGACCUCGAGGUGGAGAUGGGAGACGACUACAUUCUGGAUCUGCAGAAGUACUGGGACCUGAUGAACGCGGAGGAGAAGCAGGACAGGAUUCCGGAGGUGUGGGAGGGCCACAACAUCGCUGACUACAUUGACCCGGACAUCAUGAAGCGGUUCCAGAGGCUGGCGACUGUCUUGGCCGUCGACCCUGACGCGGAUGCGGGAUGGGAUGGGAGCUCUCCUUUUGAAAGUGGGUCCUAG